GUGGGUGUGUGGGGUGGGCUGUGAUUUCUCAUUGCUAGUGGCUGCAUCAGGGAUGAGACAUUCAUUGUGCUCUAGUAAUAACAGCACUCGGCUCUGGCGCCCUACCAGCCGUCCAUCCUGCCACCCACCUCUCCAGGCUGCUGGCCGUAGGGCACCGGGGACUAACUGCCUGCUCUAGGGCACUGGGAGAAGAGAGAGCCACCAUAGGACACUGGAAGAAGAGAUGUCCACACCCUACAUCUGAGAGAGAUGCCAAGCAGCCCUGGUAACCACCGAUGUGCCACAAACCAAGUAGCCAAGUCAAGGCCUUCAGGAUUGUAAUUGGUUUCUUCACACCUUCUUUGGGAUCUAGCAAGACCAUUGGGACUGAAGUUGGUCUCCAUCUUUGGGAUCUAGCAAGCCUAUUUGGAUUACAGUGGGUAUCAAUCCUUGGGAUCUAGCAAGGCCUUUGGGACUUCAGUUGGUCUCCAUCCUUGGGAUCUAGAAAGCCCAUUAAUAUUACAGUUAGCUUCCUCUGUAGGGCUAAUGCCCAAGAUAUUGGACUGCUCUGCUUGAUUUGGGUUUGCUGCAGGAUGCUCAAAUAAUGAGGUUCCCAAUGAGUGGGCCCCUCAUAACCUUGUGGACCUUACCGGCAGGAAAAAGAGUGUCAGCACAAAGGAAUUCCCAGCCUGUGCAAGAACCCUCCAUGUAAGGAGCAAUAGGACCUAGGGAGGUGGAUCUGCCUUUGAUGUGGGGUUCUUGCAUUUCUCAAAGCAACUACAAUUAUUGUGAGAUGUUUGUAUCCAUCCAGCGUCCUCUCCAGGACCUAACUGUGCCCCAGAGACCUUUCUUCCAUCUCUCUGAGGGACGGAGCACUUGAGCCAAGCAGCAAUUUGACCCAUUUGCAUAUUAAUGAUUGGAAGGAAUGCCACAGAGAAACUGACUCCCCAAUGGGACCAUAUUAGCAAGCUUGGCCUGUAGAGGUAGCCAUGGUCAUCUGCACUGGACUCUCCUCCUCUGCUGGUCCCUCAAUCACAGUGUUGCCAGUGCAAGAUUUCUAGGUGGGGGUGGCAUCACAACUCUCCAGCCACAUGCAGGGGGCGCUGGGAGAAAACAAAGUUGCGGACAGUAAUGUGAAAAAAAUUCUCAUGUCGUGUCUGAAAGGGCAACAGGUCAUCAUCAAGAUGGAGGCCAUGAAGAUCAUCCAGGCCGAGAAGUUCUCAGAGUGUCAGAACUCUCAGCCUCGGUACUGCCCCCCAUCUCGGAGGGAACCUCCGCUGGUUGCCAAACGGGCCUGGCCAUCUGAUUCCGAGAUCAUUGUCAACCAGGCGUGCGGAGACAUGCCCACUCUGGAAAACAACCCAAACACGAUGGGGCUUCCAACUAGGACACCACCUCCUCCACGAAGGGAAAAGAUCUAUCCUGGCCAACGGAAACUGAGCACAGAUAUUUGUUACCAUCGCAAGACCCCUUCUGAUGAAGUCAUUGUGAACCAGUAUGUGCUGCACCCAUCCACCCCUUGUGAGCCCUUAGAAUGCCCCACCUGCGGGCACAUGUACAAUUUCACCAACAAGCGGCCUCGGAUCUUGUCCUGCCUCCAUUCUGUGUGCGAGGAGUGUCUGCAGAUCCUCUACGAGUCCUGCCCCAAGUACAAAUUCAUUUCCUGCCCCACCUGCAAGCGGGAGACUGUGCUCUUUACUGACUAUGGGCUGGCGGCCCUCGCUGUCAACACCAGCAUCCUCAACCGGCUCCCGACCGAGGCCCUAUCGGCCAAUCAGGUGCAGUGGAGCAGUGACACAGACCGCAGCUGCUACCAGACCUUCCGCCAAUACUGCGGGGCGGCCUGUACCUGCCACGUCAGAAACCCGUUGUCUUCCUGUACCAUCAUGUAGCCUGGUACUACUGUCGGGGCCCCUAGGGCCCUUGUGGAACUGUGACUCACACCUGCAGUAUUACAUAUAUAAGUAUUGUAUGUAGGGCAGAAGUGGAAAGGAGGUCACUUGGAGAGACCACCCGGAGAGACCAUCCAAUCCCUUCUGCCUUAUAUUUCCAUAUCACAGCGAUGGGUAGCAAUGCCCUUGUCCAGCUCAGUUCUACUUGUCCUGGUGAUACUUUGCAUCUCUCUGUGGAUUCAUCAUCUCUGUGUCUCCUCCCACCCCUAACGGCCCCCAAGCAUGGAAGGACUGAUGCUGGCGCAGAGACUGUCAUACCAAGCACAACAGAACCACCAGCUGGUACCAUGAGACUGGCUCAGUGUGCCCAAUGGAUUAGACCAACCACCUCCCAUGGGCACAACCCAAAGGGAAGCCUCUACUCUGCCCAAUAGUUUCUUUUGCCAAAGCUUUGUUUUGAUUCGCUGACUGAAAUACACAAAAAUUAUAUAUUUUAACUUAUUGUCAAAAAGGAGGCAUGGCCACUUGGGCUUCCGUCUGCCUGAUGGAUCUCGAAGCCCGUUGCUGAGCGACACAUCUGGGGUCUCUCGGGCAGAGGGAAGUCUGUUGGGUAGUAAGUGGCGGGCGCAUUGUGAUGGGGGAAUUGUGUGGGGUGUUGUGCCCGGGGGUGACUCCCUGUCUGAAGUUACAACUACAUAAAUGGCUACAACACA